AUGGAUCAGGGAGGAGGCGGCAGCAGUAGGAACCAGGUUCGUAACAAUGAAAUUAGAGGAGGCCAGGGCAGUAAGAAUGUUGGGUUGACGCAAUCUUGCAAUGGGCCAGGUCAAGGUGGUCUCGACAUUUCUGACAAUACAAUUAUUGGAGGUGAACGCUCCACGACUGUUGGGAUCCGCAGAGUUGGCAACACCAAACCUGACGAAGGCUCCAGCUGUUGCUGCAUCCUAUAG